AUGCUUCUUCAAUUUAUUUCUAUCCCUGAAGAAGAUACAGAUUUACCUGUUGAAACUAAGCCUAAACCAAAACCUAGACGUGUUCCUAUACAGAAAGAGUAUGAUGCUGAUUCCAGCUCUUCUGAAUCAUCAUCUGGUGUAUACAUCAUACCACAGAGGAGAUUUCCAGUUACUCGCAGUCGCAAUACUCGUGUUGAUUAUGGACAUUCUUCUGAUGCUCCUUCUAUUUCUAUCCCUUCAUUUGUUCCCAGGAUUCACCCCAAUCCUGUGACAUAUUCCCCAGACAAUGUCCCAGUUACUCCAGUGAGUGUACCAGUUACUCCAGUAAGUGUUCCAGUUACUCCAGUAAGUGUUCCAGCUACUCCAGAAACUAUCCCAGUUACUCCAGUAAAUGUUCCAGUUACUUCAGUAAGUGUUCCAGUUACUCCAGUAAGUGUACCAGUUACUCCAGUGAGUAGACCAAGUACUCCAGUGACUAUUCCAGUCAUUCCAGUACAUACGCCCGUUUUAUCUUCACGCCCUAUCCCACGCCCUAGACGUGUGAUACAUCCACGGGAUAGGUAUGGAGAAUGGGUAUAA